AUGAAAUAUACUCAGUACAAAGUGGAAAAUGGAUCUGUUUUCGAUGAAAUGUCAAAAAAGGCAUUUAUUUCUUUACAUUCUGAGCCAUACAUAGAACCGUCUUUGUUGACCUUUGACCAAAAGCGCUUAAAAUGGCUUCAGCGAUACAUGCGUAAACAGUUGAAAUCUGGAAAAAAGGGUAGGAAAGUUGUUUCUUCUCCGAAAGAAGCACUACAACAAGUAAAUCAAGAGGUCAGCUUAGGAAGAUUAGACGAUUCAAGGCCUGCAGCACAUUGUGAAGGUCAAAUUUUCAAGCAGCGAAUCAGAAUGGAUGGUUGCUUAUCGAAGGUUGUUCAUAACAGAUUUUGUCACGGAACUUGUUCGUCCUACUUUAUCCCACGUCUUAGGCCACGCAAACUCAAAUUAGAUGCUAUGUUUCAAAGUUGUUCAGUAUGUCGACCAGCUGAAUGGGAUACUGUUGAGGUGAAGUUGGAUUGUCCGAGGAAGAAUCCGAGAGAAUUGAAGCGAAAAGUAAUCAAAGUGAAAAAAUGCAAAUGCAUUGCUUUAAACGAUAACAAUUUGGAAAGUGAGGAAGAUGGCCGAUGA